AUGGGCACUGGCUGCCCCAAGAAGACCAACCGUAUGAUCAGAGGGUUGAGGCUUUGUGCCACACGGUAUCAGUCUGAUCUUCACAAAGACUACGCCUCCUUUCCCAGAGGAAUUAACGAUAUCACUAAAGAACACUUCUGCUGUGAAUUUCAACGCCAUACAGGCCAACCCACCCUGUACCUUACCUGGCACAUUUCACAACUACUUUUAUGCUGCAUUCUGGGGGCACAUUUUGCAACUCGUUCUGCACCACCUUCCCUGCCACGUUUAGCAAUCUGCCUGGCAUCUCCUCCCGGGUCCCCGUCAUCCGGAGAUUCUCUCGCCACCCCGAGGGCCACACUGGGAACCAACCUUCCCCACGCCCUCCACACCGGAGGCACUCCGCUGCCCAUUUCGCUGCCUCCCCGCUCGCCUCCGCCCCUCUCCCUGGAGCCCGGGCGUCGGAGGCGAACGCCCCUGUCACUGAAGCGACCUUCCUUUCCCGGGCUCCCGCGGUCUCUCACCUGCCGCUCUGAGGGGGGGUCUCGCUGCACCCCCCGGGGCAAGCCCCAGUCCCCGGGGUCUCCUGUGAGGACCGCGCCGCCCGCCGGAGCCGCCCGCGAUCCCAGAGCACCUCGCUGCGCUCCGACGGCCGCGGUGGGUUUGCGUCCGGGAAAGGCGCGGCGGGGCCUCCCGGCGGCGAGCGCAGCCCGCGGCGGUCCCCCUGUCAGCGGCGGCGCGGGUGCAGGCUCUCGCCCCUCAGCGCCGCGGCGGCGGCGGCGGCGGCGGCGGGCGACUUGCUCCGCCUCGCGCGCGGCACAGCCGGGAGGUGAGCGCGAGGGGGAUGGGAACGGGGGCGGGGCCGCCCAGAGGAGGCACCGAGGGCGGCGGCGGGAGGGCAGCGCCGGUGGCCCCGGGUCCGACGCUCGGAGCGCUCGCAGCUUACCCCGCCGGGCGGGCGGCUCGCACGAGGCGGCUGUGCCAAGCGGGCCCCGCCGGAGCAGCGCGCCCUGCAACCCGCGCCCAGCCGGCCGCUCGCUAACGCCGCCGCCGCGCCGGGGGCGUCGCACCCUCCGAGGCCGCCCGCAGCCCCGCCCCCUCCGGGCCGGGGUGGGGAGGAGCGCGAGCGCGGAGGGAGAGCGCGUGCGUGGGGGCGCGUGCGUGGUGGAGCGCGCGCGCCCCCGCCCCCUCCACCGUUUGGGGGUGGGGAGUGGCGAGGAGAGAGAGCCGAGACCGAACCCGUCUCUGCGCCGAGAGGUUGGGCCCCGGUUCUGCCGCUCUGUGAGACUUUAUAAAAUUGUAAGACUCUGGAUGAUGGUGCUAUUCUCCAAAGAAGACUUCACCUUUUGGCAGUGAGGUACACUUCAGGCACGUUGCCUUUAUCCAGUUUCAGGUUUACAGCAAGGUGAUUCAUAUAUAUCUAGGCUUCCCAAGUGGCUCAGC